AUGGUCUGCGGAAGCACCACAGCGGCUGGGGCUGGCCUUGCUACAAUUCUCAUCCCUGCUCUCGUUGUACCAUUCGUUGUGCUCAAUAUCAUCGGCUGGACAGCAUUCGGAGUGCACAAGCAUCGCAAGCACAAGCGUCAACGUGAAGGGCGUGGUCAGGGUGGCGGCUAUGGUUCAGCUGCAGGAGCUGGCAACACAUUCGUCACAAGUACUGGACCUGGUGGAGAGACUAUUGUCACUGUGGUCCCAGCCGGCGGUGCUGCUGGCUCUGCGGGAACUGCUGGGUCUACUGGUGGAGCGGCUGGCGGAGCUGGCGGUGCCAACACUACUGGAGUUUCUUACACAACUGGUGGAGUGCCUGUCGAACGACGUGAAGUUGUUCAGACAGCAGGCGGACCCCAAGGAGAGACGGUGGUCGUCACCCAGCCUCACUAA